AUGGCCGGCUCGCGAUCUCACAGUCGCAAUGUCUCGCAAACACGCUCAGUUGCUGGCGAUGGUGAGGACAGUGUACUUGGAGCAGUCCUUGAUGUGACUACACCUACCUUGCCAUGGAUUCAAUCGAAGCUGACCCGCUCUCAGACACGUCAACUUGAAGCCUUUGGCCGCAAGGUAACGGCGACUGCUACCCAUCUGAUGGGCGAUUCAUCGACCCCGGCCUACCCUUCUGCCAUGGGCUCUCUCCAGAGGCAGAUGCGACGACCUGCUAUACAAAGAGCCGUCUUUUCCUUCUCGCAGCAAGCUCCUACUGAGCUUGUCCGUGCCAAACUCUCCACGAGUGAGAUUGCACAUCGCGCCUUGACCUUUAUCUCUGAUGACCAAUUGUACAACAUCCCCGAAGACGAUAACACCUAUUCUUUGUUCCAAGGCUUCCAAGCCUCUCUUCCUGAGGGCGAAAGUGAGCAUCGAAAAGGACACCGACGGCGGAGCUCGAAACAGCACAGACUUUUAAGCGCUGGCGAUGUCGAAGAAGAUGGACCCCCGACUAUUCAGAACCUCAAAAAGAAGAGAAACAAUGUCAAUCAUAAAUUGGAAAUGAUGGCUAUCAGGAAAAAUAUGGCCUCCACCGAAAUUCGUGACAUCGACAACAAAAUUGCCAAUCUACACAGUGUCAGAAAAAUCGUCUUGGAUCGCUUAGCCGCCCUUGAGAACGAUGAAGCCGAAGUUGAGCAUGAACUGUUAGAGCUGGAUAACAAGAUCGAUGAAAUGCAGGAAGAGCUUGAGGAACAAGGAGCUUUAGAGCAAUCAACGAGUACUCUCAAUCCUCCUCGUGUGGCCACUCCGGAAUCCGAAGCCAUGGAUGCUUCUUUCAUGUCACAGUCAAUCUAUGAGAAGUUGCCCUCGAUAGCUUCGCCAAAAUCAAAACGGCGGCCGAAGUUUACAAAGCGCAAAUCCAUGCCUGUUCUGCAUGAGCAUCUUGAACCUGGCUCACAUAUUAAAACCCUUCCCGCUCACAAUGACUCCAUUACUGCUAUGGAUUUUGAUCAACCGUUUGGGACAAUGAUCACAGCUUCACUGGAUGAUACGGUUCGCGUCUGGGAUCUGAAUCUGGGCCGUUGUAUGGGAUUUUUGGAAGGCCACACCGCUUCGGUCAGAUGUUUGCAAGUGGAAGACAAUAUUGUGGCGACUGGAAGUCUGGAUGCUACCAUCCGUCUGUGGGAUCUGAGCCGCGCAAAGUACGAACCUUACGAGCAUAAGAUUUCGAAUGGUGACGACGAUGCAGCAGAAGACGAUGAAGACGAUGGACUUGGGUUUGGUAACGAAGCAGAAGAUGCGCCACCACCUCCACCACCAGAUGCCAUGAGUGAAUGUCCACUUUUCACUCUCGAGGCCCAUGUCGAUGAGGUCACUGCUCUGCACUUGCGAGGCGAUACACUAGUCUCUGGUUCAGCAGAUAAAACCCUUCGUCAAUGGGAUCUCGUCAAAGGCCGCUGUGUACAAACUCUAGAUGUUCUCUGGGCUGCCGCACAAGCCUCUUCCACCAUGAAUUCUGUUGAAGCCCAAUGGCGGCCAACAGGUCGAUCUGCUGAGUCUGGUGCUGACUUCGUGGGCGCUCUGCAGGUUUUUGACGCUGCUCUAGCUUGUGGAACAGCUGACGGAAUGGUCAGGCUGUGGGAUCUAAGAAGUGGCCAAGUACACAGAAGUCUUGUUGGCCAUACAGGCCCAGUGACAUGUGUCCAAUUCGACGAUACCCAUCUUGUUACAGGUAGUGCUGAUCGAAGUGUCAGGAUAUGGGAUCUUCGCAUGGGUACCAUUUUCGAUGCCUAUGCCUAUGAUAACCCAAUCACAUCGAUGAUGUUCGAUACUCGUCACAUAGUGUGUGCUUCCGGAGAAGAUGUCGUCAAGGUCUAUGAUAAAACUGAGGGUAGACAUUGGGAUUGUGGCGCUGGUGUUACCACCUCAGUUGAAGACCGAAUGGCUGGUGCUAAGACAAGCAUCGUGGAGAAAGUCAGACUCAGGGAUGGAUAUCUCGUUGAGGGACGACGAAGUGGUGAGGUGGGCGUCUGGACUUGUUGA